AUGCAUCGUAGUCUAAUUUUAUUUACUUUUCCAUUUAUUUAUUUAUUUGUUUGUUCAUUUAGAGUUAGGAAAAUAUUGCAUUUUCCAUCUGAACUCAUUGAUUUCUUGAGAUCACGGGAUCACCACACACAGUUUUCUCUGGGACACAAACAGAUGCUGCCAGACCCUCCCCUAUCCCUCACCCUCUUUGAAUCUGACCUGUAUAUAUGCUGCCUUAUAGCAGAACAACAAAGGUAUUUUGAAGUUCUUCAUCAUUCCCUAACAUUUUUAAUGUUUGGCAAUCAGUGCAGCAUUUCUGCUUGUAAUUGUGUGAUGUAUUACUCUGCAGGGAGCUAUAAAUCCAGAGUUGCCAUGGAUCAGGAUAUGGUGAAUAUGUUUGCCAUUGCUGCAGGGACUCUUGCUAUCCCUCUCCUCCUUUUCAUGGCCUCCUUUAUGUUGUGGCCAUCAUCGCUCAUCAAAGUCUAUUACUGGUACUGGAGGAGAACUCUGGGUCUGCAGGUACGUUAUGCAGACUGCGGAGGUUAUCGCUUCUGUUACUCGCACAGGGGCAAACCAGGCCUCAGGCCCUCUAUACUCAUGCUGCAUGACUUCUCUGCUCAUAAGGACACAUGGCUCCCCAUGGUGAAGUACCUUCCCAAACAUCUGCACCUGCUGUGUGUUGACAUGCCAGGGCAUGAGGGGACAACACGUACCAGCACUGAUGACUAUUCAAUCCAGGGCCAGGUCAAGAGAAUACGGCAGUUUGUAGAGGCCAUUCGACUAAACAGAAAGCCGUUCCACCUGGUGGGCACUUCAAUGGGUGGCACUGUGGCAGGAGUGUAUGCAGCCUGCCAUCCCUCAGAUCUCUACAGUUUGACCCUCAUCUGCCCAGCCGGUCUGAAGAACCAAAACGAGACCAAGUUUGACUGUCGGAUGCAUGACGUGGAGCACAGCCAGUACACACUGAAUAUUCCUCUUAUUCCAUCCACCCCGGAGGAGAUGGAGGAGAUGCUGAAGCUCUGUUCUCACGUGCGCUUCAGAGUGCCUCAACAGAUUCUUCAAGGCCUGGUGGAUGUACGGAUUCCACACAAUGACUUUUAUCAUGAGGUUUUCAUGGAAAUUAUGAGUGAAAAUUCAAAAUAUGCUUUGCAUGAGCAUAUGCAGCAAAUAACUACCCCUUUACAAGUCAUCUGGGGCAAACAGGACCAGGUGGUGGAUGUGUCUGGUGCAGCGGUGCUUGCCGAGGCACUUCCGCACUGCCGUGUUGAUCUGCUGGAGAACUGUGGUCAUUCUGUGGUCAUGGAGCGACCGCGACAAACAGCCAAACUCAUUUUAGAUUUCAUCAUCUCUCAGCAGAACACAGAGAGCGCCAGCACAAAGAAGAAAUCCUGAGACGUCUCUGCUAUCAACCGUAUUUUGCUUAUUAAAUGCAGCACCCCACUGACCCUGAAGUGUGUGUGUGUGUGUGUAUGUAUAUGUGUAUGUAAAAUAUAAUAUAUA